UGUACUAUUGUUGGCACUUCAUCAGUCAUUGGCACUUUGUUCUUUUAAAAUGAAUAUUAAGAACUGGACUAGUAAAUAACUUAUUACCAUUUUAUUUUUACAUUCUCAUAUGGCAACAUUAUCUGAUUUCAACGGUAGGUUUUGGAAAACUUUACCUGGUAACACUGGUAAAACUGUCUUUUCUCAGCAGCACGUGUUGGUGCUUGUCGACGGCAUAUUUUUGAUUAAUCUAACAUGAGACAAGAAUAAUUCACCAUGCCAAAGGUAAAGGAAGGCUGUAAUUAUUCAAAAAAAUACACGGAAGAAGAUAUAAUUAAAGCUAUUGCGGCAGUAAAUAAUGGAAUGCCUAAAAAAACUGCAGCGUUAAAGUUCGGUGUGCCACGUCCUACCUUACAAUUUAGACUUUGUUCAAAAUUUAUUAAGUCUAGGCCAGGACCAACUACAAUUCUUACAGAAGAAGAAGAGAAAACGUUAGUGGAAUGGGUUAUUUCCUCCAGUAGAAAAGGGUUUCCUAAACGUAAAGAAGACAUUUUGUUAAGUGUGGAACAAUUUUUAUCGAGGAACCCUAGACCAAAUAACUUCGUCAAUAACAAACCUGGCGAUGGCUGGUAUCGUCUUUUUUUAAAACGACAUCCUGAAUUAACACACAGGACGGCUGAAGCUGUCACAUCUGCUAGCGCUAAUGUCUCGGAAACCAAUAUUAGACAGUGGUUUCAACAAAUUGAAAGGUAUUUAAAAGAUAAUGGGUAUUUUGACAUAUUAAGCGACGCCUCUCGUGUUUAUAAUGGAGACGAAACAAAUUUUCAGCUAUGCCCAAAAAACACCAAGGUAUUGGCAGAAAAAGGAUGUAAAAACGUUUACGAAGUGGAUCACGCGCAGGCGAAAUCUUGUUUAACUGUUAUGUUUUCAUUUUCUGCCAGUGGUAAAACUACUCCGCCCAUGGUGAUAUACCCGCUUAAAAGAAUGCGUGCUGACAUCAGAAACUCAGUUCCAUCGCACUGGGGCUUAGGUUUAUCAGAUAACGGGUGGAUGAAUAAAAAUUUGUUUUAUCAGUACAUCCACAACGUAUUAUAUCCAUACCUCGUCGAAAACAAAAUUCAGUUUCCUAUUAUUUUAUUUGUGGAUGGGCAUAAAAGCCAUAUGAAUUAUGAUUUGAGUGAGUCAUGUAAAGAAAAGGGAAUCAUUUUAAUAGCUCUUUAUCCUAAUGCCACACGGAUACUUCAGCCUGCAGACGUUUCGGCGUUUAAGCCCAUGAAAAAUGCUUGGAAAAAAAGCGUCUUGAACUGGCGACGCAACAAUUUGACUAAAACUUUGACAAAAAUUGAUUUUGGUCCCAUUUUAUCUGCAGCUUUAGACAAUUAUAUUAAACCAUCUUCCAUUGUCAAUGGUUUUAAAUCCUGCGGUCUCUGUCCAUGGAAUCCAAAUGCUAUCGACUUUUCAAAAUGUCUCGGGAAAAAUUGUACCAGUACGACUAAUCUUCAAUUAAAUUCUGAACAUCAAACACAUACCAUGACAUUAAAAAAGUUUCAAGAAAUAGUAGGACCAUCAAUUUUAAAAAAUCUUCGCCCGGAUUGUGUGAUAAAGAACCCGUUUCAAAAUGCUUUGGUAAAAGUUUACAAUUAUUUGAAAACCGAAUCUGCUGAUAUAGUUGACCAAGAAAUAGAACACAUACAGAAAAAAUCUUUUCUAAUUGACGAUUCCUGGGUUCCAAUAGAUGAUAUUCCGGUCAUUUUAGAUGAGAGUUUGGAGGAUUUAGGAAACUUAAAAAAUGUUGAUAUUGUAUCAAACUCUAUUGAAAAUUGCAGUCAAGACCCUGACUUUCCCAUACUCAUGAAAAAUUUAUCAGAUGAUUUAACUGGCAUUGAAAAUAUUAAGGGAAACGAAUCAAAUUCAUUGCAAAUUAACAAUAUAGACUUGAAUGUUAAUUUAUCCGACUCACAACACAAUUUUGGCGAGUUCGAACUUACUGCAGACCAUGAAAAUAUAUCAUACACAAAUGAAAAUACGUAUGUUGACCAACAAUUAGAUUUUCCCAAAAGCUCCGAUGAAUCUACCAUAUCUGGCCAAAAUGUAACAUCUCUUCCUGUAAGCAACAAUAAAAUAGAUUUCACUCCCGAAAAAGAAAAUUUGAAGAGCAGUUUAAUAUGGCCAAAGACUCCUGUACGAAAAGGUAACAAGGUAACUGAAAAGAAGCCUGUAUUUGUAUUGACUAGUAAUAAAUGGCUAGAGAUAGAAAAAAAUAAAAUAGACGAAAAAGAAAAAAAAGAAAACGAAAAACAGGAACGGAAACGUAUCAGAGAAGAAAAUAAGACAAAAAAUAAAACCAGCGCAUCUAAUAAAAAGGAAACUGCAAAACGGAACACUAAAAUUAAGACUAUUAAACAAAAUGAAGAAUCAUUAGAAGAUGAUGAAAAUCGUAAGAGUUUUACACAUGCUCCAAAGAUCAUAAUCGAGUCACAAGUACAAUUUAACAAACCAGAUCGUCAUGAUAAUACAGCACAACACGGUAAUUUAGAUAACAUCACAUUUCCCCAUACUGUGACUAAAAUAAAAGACUUUAUGCUUCCUUUGCCUAUGAAGAAAGUUCUGCAACGAAGGGAAACUUUUAGGAAUGAAAUAGAAUUGUCAGAUUUCUUACACAAAAAUGAUAAUCCUGAUUCAGAUGAUAAUUCUGAUGCUUAGUCUUUAAGCAAUUCAAGUACCUACCUCAUGUUAGAUUUAAGCAAUAUUAAUUUUUAUACCAAAAAUUAAGAAUUUAUAGUGUUGUUUAUAAUUGUUUUAAAUAAGACUGAUGUUUCUUAGUUUUAUUUUUUUUACGUUUUUAGUGUUUUUUUUUUUAUUUUGUUUAAGAAAUAAUUAACGAUAAAGUCAAUAAAUAUUAAGUGCCAAUGACUGAUUUUAAAUGAUAAUGACUGUACCUAUAGUGCCAAUGACUGUACUUUUAGGGGAACGUCUAAGUUUUUUAAAUUUUAAUAAAAAGUACGUUACAAAAAUAAAUUUAUGCAUUUUUAUUUCAUAAUAUUCAUACUAUAGAAACAUUUUAUGUAGGAUUAAUUUAUUUUUGACCUAUAGUUUAAUUUUAGAUCCGAAAAUCAUGGCGAAAAUACCUUAAGGUGCCAAUCAUUGUACAGUUUACC